UUCAACUAACAAUCAUAUAUCUCUAUUCCCUACAAAUCAAAUCGAUCAUAUUUCAAAACCAAAACCACUUUCAAAUAACUAAAAACAAACAUAUCCCAUCCAUGGGUUCUCUUGCAAAUCAAACACUCCCCACGAUAGCCUUCUCAUCCCAAAAUCUUGAAGUAGGAUCAUCUUCUUGGCUUUCCACAAGCAAACAAGUGGUUCUUGCACUAGAAGAAUUCGGUUGUUUCAUCGCCACUUACACCAACUUCUCCCCCCAACUCCACCAUGCCAUCUUCCAAGCUUCCGAGGAGCUCUUCGAUCUCCCAACUCCUGUCAAAAUGCUCAACACUUCCGACACACCUUCUCACGGCUAUGUCGGCCAAGAGCCCAUCGUUCCACUCUACGAAGGGCUAGGGAUCGAAAACUCCACCACCGAACAAGGCAUGGAACGCUUCACUAGUCUCCUAUGGCCUUCCGGAAAUGAAACUUUCCGUGAAGCAGCCUUUGAAUACUCUAAGGUUGUGGCGGAAUUGGAUAAGGUGGUGAUGACGAUGGUGUCGGAGGUUUAUGGGAUAAGGAAUGCAUAUGAAUCGUUAGUCGAAGCGACGUCGUAUCUUCUCCGUUUCAUAAAGUAUCUUGCUCCGGUGGGAGAUGAGGCUGGUUUAGGGAUUGUCCCUCACACUGACAAGAGCUUCACCUCCAUUCUUCACCAGCGCCAAGUGAAGGGGCUCCAAAUUAUGACAAAAACCGGCGAUUGGGUCGGUGUCGAUCCCUCGCCAUCGGCUUUUGUUGUCAUGGCCGGCGACGCUUGUAUGGGAUUCACAAAUGGAAGAAUAGAGCCUUCAUAUCAUAGAGUGAUGAUUGAAGGGAGUGAAGAAAGGUAUUCACUUGGGGUGUUUACUUUUAUUAGGGAUGUGGUAAUACAAGUGCCGGAAGAGCUAGUUGAUGAAGAUCAUCCUUUGCAAUUUAAGCCUUUUGACAACUACAAAUAUAUCCAUUUUUAUUACACCGAGGAAGGAAGGAGAUCAAAGUGUCCAAUUAGGGCUUAUUGUGGAGUUUGAGAUGCAAUUUCAUAUUAUAAUUAUGCUUACUAUCUAGUGUGGUUUGUACUUUGUAUGUUAAUUAAAACUUAUUUACCUCUCGUUAAUUUGAAUAAAGUUUUUGUGUGAUUCAA